AAUCGUAUUUGUGUGUUCCAGGGGAGCCAUUUCAGUGACGCUCUUGUGCAGGGCUCAGACCGUAGAUGCGCUAGUGAAGCUAUCGACGUCCUCGCUGUUUAAAGGAUGACGGAGAUCUCUGAGACGCUGCAGAGCUACGAGGAGUUGUUUGCGCAGAGAUUUUCAUCGGAGGAUCAAGAAUACCAGCAGUAUGUGAAACGUCCCACGGACCCCCCACCCGUGGUGGAGGACUGGAGGGGCCGAGGGGGAAACCAGAGAGGCAGGGACAACAGGUACCAGGAUCGUCGAGGACCUGGAGACCGUGGGUGGGGAGGAGGCAGAGGUUGGGGGGGAGACCGUGGCUGGCGACGGGAUCAUCAUGGGCAUGACAGGGACAGGCAAUGGGGGCACGGAAGUGAAUAUCGGUCAGGCACCCAAAGCUCAAACCAGGGAUACAACUCUCAUCAUCAGAGACCACGUUAUGACUGUUACUGAUCUACUCCAGUCACGCAUGCUUUGUCAGUAUUUAUAGAAUAAAAUCUUUACACGCUAUUUGACAAUAUAUCACUGCAUUUCUUAGUGGGUUUUCUUUUUCUUUUCUUUUUUUUUCUUUUUUAAAUAAAUGUUACCAUCUCAGAGGCAGGAAUGUUAAAACAAUUGUUUUCCAUCAUUGUUUCUAGUAUACACACAUUGUAUUAGGAAUUGACGCAUCUAUUUUCUAAUUUUUCCUACUUUGCUGUGGUCAUAUUUAAAUUAUCUGACAAUGUUUUGUGGAAAUCUUUGAGGACAAAUGCGCAGUUUUCAGUACUUGAAAAGUCUCAUUGCACAAUGCACUGAAGCAAAACAAAAUAUUUUAGGCUUAGGGCUGUUUUCGCUUGGUCAUGACUACAGUAUCAGUGUUCUCUCUCUCUUUUAUAUAAAUACAAGCAGUGAGCCUAAAUUUGAACAGUAAAUGUAUUUGUUAAGCAGCUUUAUUGUCCUGCAUCAAAAAUGCAGAGAUGGUCUUUAAUGUCAGUAAACAUGUAUUUUUCUAAUUAAAGGUCUCUGUUUGGUAAGACUGCAUGUCAAUUUUUGAAAAAGUUAAUCACAUUUAAUAGGAUCACUCCCACGGAGCAGUGGAAAAUUAUUCAUAUAAUUUCCACACCCAUUUCUAUUAUGGGAUGUAGAAUAAAGGGAUUAUGCUGAAACCUCAGCUGUAUCUAGGCAAGAGGGAGUGUAAAUCGCAAAAAGGUGUGUCACAGGGCCACAGAGAAAAAUGACGCAAACCACCAUGCAUGCUCUUGCUUACUGCUGUCGUCAGUCUAGAAUUACUAGUCAGCCUAACAUGCAUGCUUUCGGACUGUGGGAGGAAGCUGAUGUACCUGGAGAGGCGGAGGGGGACUCACUCAAAACAGUGAGAAUAUUCAUACUGCAAAUAAAAAAGAUCAUACUGGGACUUUAACCAGGGU